GGACACCUCUUCAGCGUGCAUACACGUCACAUCUGCUGCAGUGAAUAAAAGGAGUCAGUCUCAAAAAGAGAGAGACGAGCACUCGUCAGCUCUCCGCCGGCUCUGCAGAGCUGUCUGUCUGUUGGCUUUGUAGAAAUUUCAGCCUGUGAAGAUGUGGAAAGUCUUUGUCCUUGUGAUCCUGUGCUCUACACUGGUGUCAGCUUCAUGUCCCGCAGACUGCCAGUGUCCCCUCGAAGUCCCAGCAUGUGCAGCUGGAGUGAGCCUCCUCCUGGACGGCUGUGGAUGCUGCAAGGUUUGUGCACGACAGCUCUUCGAGGACUGCAACAGGACCCUGCCGUGUGAUAGCGCAAAGGGACUGGAAUGCAAUUUUGGAGGAGGAUUUGACUCGGUCAAGGGCGUCUGUCGAGCAGCCAAAUCAGAUGGGAGAACGUGCGAGUUCAACAGCAAAAUUUACCAGAACGGCGAGACCUUCCGGCCCAACUGUAAACACCAGUGCACUUGCAUGGAUGGUUCUGUUGGGUGCGUCUCCCUGUGCCCACACGAGCUCCCACUGCCCAAACUGGGCUGUGACAAGCCGAGGCGGGUCAAAGUACCUGGACGGUGCUGUGAGCAACUUGUAUGCUUAGCGGAUGCAAAAAAAGAUAAGUCUGUGAAAAGAAAGCGGAAUCGAAUGCACAGGACAGACAAAACAACCGAAGACGACCUUACUGACAAGAAUGAGCUGGCAGCUGUGUGGAGAGAAUUUGAAUCUUUACACGAUCUAAGGACCCAUUCAAAGAGCGGCAUGCUUUCCGGGGGGAUCCAGUGUUUGUCUCAGACCACAUCCUGGUCACCUUGCUCCAGAUCCUGCGGGACUGGCAUCUCCACCAGGAUGACAAACAACAAUAUGAAGUGCAAACCGAUGAGAGAAACCCGGAUGUGCCAGGUUCAGCCCUGCAAACUACUCACCUUAAAGAAUGCAGAGAAAUGUCGGCACACACAAAAGACCAUCCAUCCAGUUAAACUGUCCUAUGCCGGCUGCCGUAGCCUGAGGAAGUUCCAGUCCAGGCACUGUGGGUCCUGCUCAGAUGGGCGAUGCUGCAGGCCCCACAGAACCCGAAAACUGCCCGUCCAUUUUCAAUGCAAGAACGGAGAGACAUUCAGGAGGAAGGUGAUGAUGACAGAGUCCUGCAAGUGUGAUUUCAACUGCUCCAGCAGCCAAGACAAGCAUGGGAACUCCAAACUUUUUAAUGACGUCCACAUAUGAAACUGUGAGAGAAUGUUUGAUUUACGAGGGAACAUGGACUUGAGAUGCCAACAUCAGUUUGGUGGACUUCAAUUAAUGAGUUUGCUUCAUAACAUUGGAGCCUUGUGGUUUGCUUCUUUGUGAAGCUUCUAAUUUUUUGUCGGGGAAACUCCAUUUUAAUAAAAAUAUGUACACUCGUGGACGAAAUCUGUAACAUAAUGGCAUGAAAACUAGGAAUUACAACAGUUUUACUGAUGAGGAUUUAUACCACUUACCUUUCCUAUUACAUAGUUCUAAUAAAAGGUUGUCCUUCUGAUGUCACUGCAGUUACUGCUUAUCAGCAAAUUGCUGAAAUAUGACUGGUAAUGAAAUCGGGCCAACAUUGUGCAUUUUUCCAUUUUGUGAUAAUAUUUUCUCAAAUAAAAACAUG